GUCACUGAAAAGUGUAGGAGUCGAGAAACUUCACCCAUGUAAAUAACGCUAAUAAGCUGUGUGAGAAGCUUUAAGCAGCAGUACAUACGCAUAGUUCUCUUUACAUAUAUAUAUAUAUAUAGUAAUUUUGUUUUUAUUAACUAUGCCCCGGAAAAAGCCAUUUAGCAACAAACAAAAGAAGAAACAGCUACAAGUCAAACGGGAGAGAAAGCGAGGUGACACGGGUUCUGGGCCAAGCAGCCGCAAUGCCAGUGUGGAGCGAGGAGGAGAGCGUCAGUCAGAUACCUCAGACAGCGAGACCACUGAUAUUAAAAGAAUAAAUCAGCAGCCCUUCAACAGAGAAGGAAGAUAUGACCCUAACAGGUUCCGACUGCAGUUUGAGAAAGAGAGCAAAGAGGAGGUGGAGAAGAGAAAGAAGAUGGCCAGGGAAAAGGUGCUGCAACAAGUCUCAGACAAAGAACUUGAGAUUGACAUCAAUGACAUCUACCCUUCAGAGAAAGGUCUUGGUUUCCCACGACGGCCGUCCUGGAAUUAUGCAAUGACACGGGAGAGCCUGCUGAGGAAAGAGGAGAAGUCAUACAGAGACUACCUGGAUGACUUGCACUCCAGAAACCCACCUGGCUCUCUCAGCCACUUUGAGCACAAUCUGGAGACGUGGAGGCAGCUGUGGAGAGUCUUAGAGAUGUCAGAUGUGAUUCUUCUCAUUGUUGAUAUCAGGCAUCCGGUGCUGCAGUUCCCUCCAGACCUGUACCACUACAUCACUGGAGAGCUACAGAAGCACGUGGUCCUGGUAUUGAACAAAGCCGACCUGUGUCCUCCACCACUGGUGAUCGCCUGGAAACACUACAUGGCUUCCCAGUUCCCCCACCUGCAAAUAGUUUGCUUUACCUCCCACCCUGGCCAGCCAUACAGCACAGUCCUCCAGAAGAAGAGGAUGAGGAGAAAGGCUGACUGGAGUCACGCUGGAGGUCCUUUAGAUAUCCUAAAGGCCUGCCAGGAGAUCACAUCAGGGAGAGUUGACCUAUCCAGCUGGGAGCAGAAGAUUCAGAGGGAUGCCGUUGCAGAGCGGCUGGAUCGAGAGCGGGUAGAUGAAGGAGCAGAAUCCGUCUUAGUGGAGCAUCAAAGUGAUAGUGCUUUGGAGAUGAGCAGUCCAUCACAGGAGCUCUACAAAGAUGGGGUUCUUACAUUGGGCUGCAUAGGCUUUCCCAAUGUUGGUAAAUCAUCAGUUAUAAACAGCCUGGUGGGGAGGAAGGUGGUGAGCGUGUCUCGAACCCCAGGCCACACCAAAUACUUCCAGACCUACUACCUCACUCCGACAGUCAAGCUCUGUGACUGCCCUGGGCUGGUCUUCCCUUCCCGUGUCAAUAAACAGUUACAGAUUCUCGCAGGCAUCUACCCAGUGUCUCAGCUACAAGAGCCUUACAGCUCAGUGGGUUAUCUGUGUGAGAGGACCCCCUUCCUUUCUGUUCUGAAGCUCAAACAUCCCAGUUUGCAGGAGAAUGAAGGAAACCAGGAGUCUGAGGAGCCCAGCUGGACUGCCUGGGAUGUGUGUGAGGCGUGGGCAGAGAGAAGAGGCUAUAAGACGGCAAAAGCAGCUCGCAAUGAUGUGUACCGCGCAGCCAAUAGCCUCCUUAGGUUGGCGAUUGAUGGCAGAUUGUGCCUCUGCCUCAGACCAGCCAGCUACAGCUGCUUGAGAGAGCACUGGGAAAAUCACCCAGACUUGCCGGAGAUUAUGGCUCUUCAAGGAAGAGCAGCAGAGGAGGAAGGAACGGCAGAGAGGGAUGAUGAGGAGGAUGGCGAGUCCAGCACCGAGCCAGAGGAAGAAAGAGACAGGGAUGCAGACGAUGACGAGGAUGGGGAUGAUGAAGAUGAGGGAUUUGGGCAUCCGAGACGAAGCGACGAUAAGCCAUCUGGCUUCACGGUCAACAUGUACAAUGUCCUACGGGAAAAUGAGUGCGAGUGAUAACAGAAGGAGAGGCAAGCAAGGAAGAAAUAACCUGUUCCUCUGUCCUGACUUUUAGCUAUCGGCCCC